UGAACAAACCAACUUUGGGCCAGGAAUGCUUUGACAAGAACAAUGGGGUUAUUAGAUUUUGUCUUCCUCUUAGUCCUAUACCUGCUGCAGGGGUCCAAUACUUCCCUUGUUCAGCUGAAUAACAAUGGCUAUGAAGGCAUUAUCAUCGCUAUAGACCCUCAUGUGCCAGAAGAUGGAAAAAUAAUUGAAGAGAUAAAGGGUAUGGUGACUACAGCUUCUACUUACCUGUUUGAAGCCACAGAAAAAAGAUUUUUUUUCAAAAAUGUAUCAAUACUAAUUCCUAACAGCUGGAAGGAAAACUCACAAUACAAGAGGCCAAAACAUGAAAGCUACAAACACGCCGAUGUUUUAGUUGCACCACCUGCCCUCCCAGGUAGAGAUGAACCAUAUACCAGGCAGUUCACAGCCUGUGAAGAAAAAGGAGAAUACAUUCAUUUCACCCCUGACUUUGUACUUGGAAAAAAACAAAAUGAAUAUGGACCAUCAGAUAGACUGCUUGUCCAUGAGUGGGCCCAUCUCCGCUGGGGAGUGUUUGAUGAGUACAAUGAAGAUGAGCCUUUCUACAGUGCUAAGUCAAAGAAAAUUGAAGCAACAAGAUGUUCCACAGGUAUUACUGGUAUAAAUAGAGUUUAUAAGUGUCAAGGGAACAGUUGUACAACUAGAGGAUGCAGAAUUGAUUCUAAGACAAAACUGUAUGAAAAAGAUUGUCAAUUCUUCCCUGAUAAAUAUCAAACUGAAAAGGCAUCCAUAAUGUUUAUGCAAGGUAUUAAUUCUGUUGUUGAAUUCUGUAAUAAAAAAAACCAUAACCAAGAAGCUCCAAGCCUACAAAACAAAAUGUGCAAUUCCAGAAGUACGUGGGAGGUGAUCAGCAAUUCUGAGGACUUUAAGAACACAACAUCUAUGGUGGCACCACCCCCUCCACCUGUCUUCUCAUUGCUGAAGAUCAGAGAAAGAAUUGCGUGCUUAGUUCUUGAUAAGUCUGGAAGCAUGAAUAGUUUUAAUCGCCUAAAUCGAAUGAACCAAGCAGCAAAACACUUCCUGCUGCAGACCAUUGAAAAUGGAUCCUGGGUGGGGAUGGUGCACUUUGAUAGUACUGCCAAUGUGAAAAGUAAUCUAAUCCAAAUAAUAAGCAGCAAAGAAAGAAACAAGCUCUUGGAGAGCUUACCUACAGCAGCUAAUGGAGGAACUUCCAUCUGUGCCGGAAUUAAAUCAGCAUUUCAGGUAGUUAGAGAAAUUCACCCUCAAAUAGAUGGAUCUGAAAUUGUCCUGCUGACUGAUGGGGAGGAUAACUCUGCAAAGAAUUGUAUUGAUGAAGUGAAACAAAGUGGAGCUAUCAUUCAUUUGAUUGCUUUGGGACCAUCUGCUGAUCAAGCAGUCAUAGAGAUGAGCACUUUAACAGGAGGAAACCAUUUUUUUGCUUCCGAUGAAGCCCAGAACAAUGGCCUCAUUGAUGCUUUUGGGGCCCUUGCAUCAGGAAACACUGAUAUUUCCCAACAGCCUCUUCAGCUUGAAAGUAAAGGAUUAACACUCAACAAUAAUCCCUGGAUGAACGGCACUGUAAUAAUUGAUAGCACUGUGGGAAAGGACACAUUCUUUCUCAUCACAUGGGCCAGACAGUCUCCCAUUAUUUCUCUCUGGGACCCCAGUGGAACACCAAUGAGAAAUUUCACAGUGGACACAGUUUCCAAAAUGGCCUAUCUCAGUAUUCCAGGAACUGCAAAGGUGGGUGUUUGGACCUACAGUCUUCAAGCCAAAGCAAACCCAGAAACAUUGACUAUGACAGUAAAUUCUCAGGCAGCAAAUUCUUCUGUGCCUCCAAUCACAGUGAAUGCUAAAAUGAAUAAAGACACAAACAGUUUUCCCAGCCCAAUAAUUGUUUAUGCAGAAGUUCUACAAGGGCAUGUACCAAUUCUUGGAGCCAAUGUGACUGCUUUCAUUGAAUCAAGUAACGGAAAUAUAGAAGUUUUGGAACUUUUGGAUAACGGUGCAGGUGCUGAUUCUUUCAAGAAUGAUGGGGUGUACUCCAGAUAUUUUAUAGCUUAUUCAGAAAAUGGCAGAUAUAGCUUAAAAGUACGGGCUUAUAGAGGAGCAAAUGUGACCACACAAAACUUAAGGCGUCCACUGAAUAGAGCCGCACAUAUACCAGGAUGGGUAGUGGAUGGGAAAAUUGAAGGGAAUCCACCAAGAGUUGAAAUUGAUGAAGAUACUCACACAACCUUGGAGAGUUUCACCAGAACAGCAUCUGGAGGUGCAUUUGUAGUUUCAAAUAUUUCAAAACUUCCCUUGCCUGAUCUGUACCCACCAAGUCAAAUCACAGAUCUUGAGGCCACACUUAAUGGAGAUGAGAUCAAUUUAACAUGGACAGCACCAGGAGAUAAUUUUGAUGUUGGAAAAGUUCAGCGGUAUAUUAUAAGAAUAAGUGGAAGUAUUCUGGAUCUAAGAGACAAUUUUGACAAUGCUCUCCAAGUAAACACUACUGAUCUGUUACCAAAUGAGGCCAACUCCAAAGAAACCUUUGCAUUUAAACAGGGACAUAUCUCAGAAGAAAAUGCAACUCACAUCUUUAUUGCCAUUCAAAGUGUGGAUAAAAGCAAUUUGACAUCAAAACUAUCCAACAUUGCACAAGUAGCUUUGUUUAUUCCUCAAGCAGAACCAGGUCCUGAUCAAAGUCCUCCAAAUCCUAGUCCUGAUGAAAAUCAGUCUAAUUCCAGGGUUAACAUUGUUAUUUUGGUGUUGUUAGUGGUUGGAUCUGUGGCAAUUGUUAGUACUAUUAUAGGUGCCACCAUUUAUAUAUUAAAAAAGAAAAAAAUUUCAAGAAGACCUAGAAUAGGAUUUUAAAAAACAUCAACAGCAAAACUUAAGGAUAUUUCUGAAUUUUUAAAUUCAUUUUGUGUGACUAUGAAUUCAUAAAAAUAAUUUUAAGAGUUCUAGAAGGGAUACCUGGAUUAACUAUAAACAUGCAGGGGUACUUGGAAAAUUAUAGGUCAAUAUUAAAGGUUAAACUUUUUAUUUACAAAUUAUUUUUCAUAAAAAAUGAAUAAAGAUCCUUUUUCAUAUUGAUACCUGAUAUUCAUAUUGAUUAUUUGAUACAAAAGUUUUCUAGAAUGAUAAUUCAAAUUCCAUCAAGAAGUUAAGAUUAUCUAUUUCAGUAGUCAAAAUACAAAUAUAAGAGCAAGUAAACAAUAUUUGAGAAAAAAUGAAUUUGGUCUUGGUACUUUUAAGUAUAUUGAUGUUAUUACUUUCAUCUAAAGUCUCCACUUAUAUAUUACUAUAUACAACAUGAACAAGAUUGUUGACAUGGAAGAUAAUAGCAAAAAACUCAGUUACUAUCUGUCAAUCAUAGUUUUCCCUAAUUUCAGCUCAAUAUAAUUACAUGUAUAUAUACUAUAUGUCAUCUCCCUUUUCACU